UUUAAUAACGACAAGCUAAAUAACUCGGCAAACCGGAAGAUCAACUUUAAAGCAUAACUAUCUGACACUUGUAAUUUGUAAUUUAGAUAUUAGUUACUUUUUAUAGGUAUUUUUAAGAAGGAUGAGGUUAAUCAAUGUUCUGACAGAUUAAAAUGGACUAGAAAAUCGAUUUUUAUUGCAACUAGUUCAAGACAUUGGAGAAAUCGGACACGUUCAUAAUAUUCGACCAAUCCAUCCAUCCAUCCUCCGUUCUCAUUAACCAAACUCGUGAAUUAACCCUCCCCCAUGUAAACCCUGUGUUUUAACCUUCUUCUUUUUCCUCUUCCUUCUCUAUCUUCUUGCAACAAGUACGAAUUAUACGAAUUAUAAAAUAUGAUGCUGGCGACUUACAAAUGUGGAUGUCCCCCGUCAAAUAAGCCACCGUGUCCACCCUGUUGCGAAUCCUCCGCUGUUGGAAGAAGAGUGGCCAAGCAUAAAAGUCCUGCAGAUUAUCCCGAGAGUAUCUGUUGCAGCAAGCGUUCGUUGAGACCCGUUACUUCAGAACCGAAAAUCGAAAAACCUCCACCGUGUUGUCCCACGAUGCCGUCUGAUUCCAAAGAGUUUGAAAGACCUUGUAAACUUCGUUCAGAGAUUGCGGACAAGGGAUUGCCUUACAAGGAGAUGGAAGUUACUAUCAAUGAUAAUAGAUUGGUGAUUAGAACUCAAAAAGAGGAGGUGAAACAGCAAUACGAUCCUCCGUGCGAUUGUGUCGAGGAGUCUCGGCCUGUUGCGAUGGUCACGGACGAAAUUGAUCAACCUCCGGCUGCAGGAAGUAGAACGGUUACUCUGUAUCCACGAGCGAAGAAAUCUGACGAGAAGGUGACCGAAAAAGAGUGCGAUCAGGAAGAAACUACCGACAAGACCGCUAAGGCGGAAAAUCCAAAUAUAUUUAUUUUCAAAGUGAAGAAGAAGAGUAACAACGGUGACAGGACGUUUAAUAUCGAUUUGGAGUUUAAGACACCAAGACCUUGGUCGAUGAAGAAGAGAGCGGAGUACGAGAUGAAGUUUAUGAAACCUGUGGAGAAGACUCCCACGGAGAAAACAGAUACGAAGAUGACUAUUUCGAGGAAGAGGAAAAAGAAGAAGUGAAUUUACCCGCGCCAUUCUCAAUUUACGACAGAUAGAUAGAAUAAAAUAGAUUAAAAUACCAAAUAGAUUAAAAUAAAUAAACGCAAUAAAAUAAAAACGCAUUAAAAUAAAAUAAAUAACGCAGAAAAAAUAAAUUGCAUUUAACUAAAAUAAAUAAGCUGCAACCGUUGACUCCGUACGUCUCUUCUUUUCUUAUUUUUCACGGAAUAUUCUUCUACAACGGCCUCGCUAACGUUCCUCUUUGAAAACGGCCAACCAAACGUCCCGAUAUUCGUCGUGCGUGAUCUCUGUGAUCGCGAACGAUCCAUAUAUCAGCGAGUCAACGCGCCCCAGGAGUCGUGCACUCUAUAGAGCACGGGGAUAGUCGUCGAUGGCCACCUGAAAGCGCCGGGCGACGAGGCCUCGACGUCUAUUAGGGGCUAAACGAUUCUUAAACGGGAAAAGGAACGCAUCGAGUGUCAGAGACGUAACAAUGACUUGGGUAAACAUUCCGAUAUACAGGACCACCCGGGGAGCGAGAUGCACGUCAGUGGGUAUGAAUCGAGCGAAUGCGAAUGACGGUAAAGAUCGAAUGCUUCUUGGACUGCGAAGGAAUCGCUGAAACUGAGAAAAUUUAGCAGUUGAUAAUUUUUAAAAAUGUGCAAGCAAGAAGUGAAAGAGUCAGAAGCAUUUCUUAUUAGAAAAUAUCGUUUUAACUUUAUUACAUCGUUCGGAUUAUCGUUGACGAAUCGUGCCAGGUUUCGAUAUCAUUGAAUAUUUUUUAACGAAAUAAUUCAGAGAUUAUGGCAUGAAAAAAUUAAAUUAGGCAACGAGAAGAAAAAGUAGUGAGAGUCUUUGAUCGUUGUACUUGCAAUUAGUUUUCAAUGGAAAGCUGAAACGAAUUGCACGUGAAACGUGAGCAAGUGUUGCUCCGUUCGCGAGUCGUCGAAACGGAAUCAAUGGUGUCUUCGCACCGGGUGUUCUUCCUGUUCCCUCGGUCUUCUUUCGAUAAUCGUAUCUCAUAUCCAUGGGGUGUCGAGUAAAGAAUACAAACUUUUGAAUAGCGUUCCCGAUGUUGUUGAGUAAUAGCAUUUGCCAGAAAUCGAGAUCAAAUCGUUUCUUCGUCCCAACAUACGCUCAAACUGUGUUAUUUCUGCAGACCAUGUUAAAAGAAAAUAUCUUAUCUUUACUUUUUGGGUAGUAACGUAGAAAGAUAUUCUGUCGUCAUAGUUGAAGUAUAAAUUAAACGAUGAAUUCUUGUCGCAGAUUAUUAAUCAUACGAUUAAUUUAUUACGACAUUCGGGAAUGAAAAAUGUAAAUAUAAACAUUAGAAGGAAGCAAAGGAAAGCUCGAGUUUCAAUCAGCAUUGUGAAAUAAAUUCAUUUUGGGCUUAUUUAGGGCUUGCUUUGGAGUCAAGUAUCUACAAAUGACGUUGAAGACACGCCUUCCGAAAUUCUGACGUUACAAUAGAAACAUCACAGGUUCUAUGGUAAUCCGAGAUUAAGGACCAUAAAAUCGGAUUACAGGUAAUCUGGCUUACGUUCAACCAAACGCUCAACACCAUAAAAUCGAGACCUCGUCUCUCCAGGCAGCAAAAUUCCUGUCUGCGAACGUACUACUUGUGGAAGCAGAAACGCAUUUCGUAUCAUUGUGGAUAUUUGUGUGUAACGGAUACCGAAAAACAAGGAACAGUAAAUAAAUAAAAGACUAAUUUAUACCAGGUGAAAAAGAUUAAGAACCUAUGUUGUCGUAUUUCAGUAAAUGAGUAGGUAGGUGUCGACAAGCUCGAAGACACGUCUCAGCGGGGAUGCUGCUACCCGACACACAAUCAGAAAUCCGCAAGUUCUCAUAUAAAAACGCAGUCCUAAGUUGACUGGAUUUUCUCAUCUCAGGUAAAUCAAAUUUUCAUGCAAAUUCUUUGUUUCAACGAGUCUUAAGGUUGCGCCAACUAUAUAAACGUUGCAACGCGAUAUAAAUUUACGACGAAAGUCACAUUAAAACAACAAUAUCGUUACGUAGGAAAGACUCUAUUGGAAUUUUAUAAUUUUACAACACGCAGUACGAUUCGUAGCAACAGUCCAGAUUAACGUACUCCAGGUGCUCUUUAACGUCGAUGUAGAUAUAAUUUCUGAAAUAUAGCGUCGCGUAUAAAAUUUUCUUUGCCCCACGAUUCGCUAAACGAUCAACGAUUUCGCCUCAGACGUAAUCUAAUAGCCGCGCAAUAAUCUCCUCGGAGGGGAAACUAAUUGAAUUCGAGUUUUUUUUCUUCGCCACAAUCUGGCCAACUACCCCUCGCGGUUACUCGCCCCACAAUCGACCGAAACAUUUACGUAUGCGGCCACGAACUGUCGCGUAAGAACGUAUUGCAACGAAAACGAUGGUGAAAAAAAAACGGAAGAAGGGCAGGGAUAGACUUACACGCGGUAACCGACCCUUCCGGAAUGCAAAAGGGCGCAACCCUCGUUCCCCCAUGUACCAGCCCUUCUCCGCCAGUCACCCUAUAACACGAAUGAGAUUUUUCUACCCUUCGAACUGGAUUUUCGUGCAGCCAUCUUAAAUUUAAUUGUCGAGAAAAUGGUGGUGUCGAUACUCGACGCCUUUGAUCCUUAACGUUUCGUAUUUAUUAAACGCUUACUUUUAAAUUUAUUUGUAAAUACUUAUUUGCGAAUAGAUAUUGGUCCUUAAUCCUUCAUCUACGUUUGUAUUUUCACUGUAAGCUCUGAGAUUGCUUGACCAUUUUAUUUAUUAAAAAUCACUGUGUCAUAUAGAAUUUGUUUGUUAAUUGUCUUUUACAUUUGGAUGCAUAGUAAGAGGGAGCAAAAUUCUUCAGAGAUUUUAAUAGAAGUAAAUAAUAAUUCAAGUUGCUCCGAGAGGCGGGUGAUACGUAAACAAGAAUUUGGUUUUAGCAUAAGAACGAAGAUCGUCGUUCGUUACAGUCUCCGAUUUUGAUUUGAGAACUGACAAUCAUAGCGACUGAACUAUUGUUGAUAUCGAUAUCAUAAAACGUAAUAACACAGUGAGAGAAUAUUCUACACGUGUAAUUAUAAUAGAUUUAUACGAAUUUUAGGUAAAACCGGACUACGAAGUUUUAGAGAGACUUAAUAA